GGCACUUAUGACAUGAAUGGACAACUCAAGCCUAUUGAUGUGUAACUCAGGGCUUCAUCGUCCAUAUAUUCUGCACCGCUGCCCAAUCUGUGCUCAUCAUCACCAAAAUCAUGGACGGCGCAUCAACCAAGCUGCAAUACUGGAGACUUUAUUUAAUGGCCGUGGUGCUUGGAAUCGGAGGCUCCUUUCAGUAUGGGAUUCAAGUGUCCGUUGUUGCUGCUCCAGCCGUGCACGUUCAGACGUUUGUCAAUUACACGUGGAUGUGGCGCUACCAAACGCCCGUGGACGAAUCCACCAAGCAGCUCAUCUGGUCCUUCAUCGUUGCCGUGAUGAGUUUGGGAGCGUGGGUCGGCGCCAUCAACGCAGGCAGUCUCCCCGUCAAAUAUGGCCGGAAAAAAACAAUGUUGUUUAACAGCGUCGUGGCCGUGGUGGCGGCUUUGUUCAUGAUUUUCAGUCGCACGGCCAAGUCCUUUGAGAUGAUUUUGAUUGGCCGGUUACUCUUCGGCUAUAAUGCUGGUCUUGGCUUGAGCGUGCAUCUCAUGUACUUGGGUGAAAGUUCGCCGAAGAAACUCAGAGGCUUUCUGACCCUUACCGGCUCCAUGUUUAUGGCUUUGGGGAAAAUGAUGGGUCAAAUCAUCGGCAUCAAGGAGAUGAUGGGCACCGAUGAAAUGUGGCCUUUUCUUCUGGCCAUCAGCGGCAUUCCCGCCAUUUUGCCGCUCCUGACGCUCUUCUUCUUCCCUGAGUCGCCCCGGUACCUUUACAUCGACAAAGGAGACAGUGACGGUGCCAAGAAAGCAUUGCAGUGGCUGUGGCAGGAGGACGACUUGAAAAUGGAACUGGAGGACAUGCAGAAGGAGCGACAGAGCACUCAAGGGGAGAAGGCCAAGACGGUGAAGGACAUCUUGACUUGUCGUUGUGUCCGAUGGCAGCUGCUGACUCUGGUUCUCACCUGUUCUGGCAACCAGUUCUCUGGCUACAAUGCGCUCUAUUUCUACGCCUUUGACAUCUUCAGCGAGUCAGGCGCUCCAGAAGAGCUGAGGCAGUACUUGACUAUUGGGAUUGGAGCAAUGGAGUUUAUCGCUGUCAUGCUAUGUUCCUUCUUAAUCGACCGUGCUGGCCGAAAGAAGUUGAUGGGCUAUGGUUAUUUAAUGAUGGCUGUCGCCAUGUCUCUUCUUACGAUCAUGCUGUGCAUCAAGGAUCUGAAUUGAUGGAUCCCAUACAUGAACAUUGGUCUGAUUUUUUGCGUCAUCUGCAUUUAUGGACUUGGACCCUCUGGAGUGGCUUUCGCCCUUCCUGCUGACCUCUUCCUCCAAGCAUGGCGUCCCGCUGCCUUUGUCGUCAGCGGGACUAUUGGCUGGCUCAGCAUGUUCCUCGUGGGCAUGUGUUUCAGCUACGUCGUGAAUGGAAUGGGCCAGUACUGCUUCCUGAUUUUCGUGAUCUAUUGCAUCGUCAGUGGAGCCUUCAUGAUCUUUUUGGUGCCAGAGACCAAAGGAAAGACCAUGUUGGAGAUUAUGGAGGACUUCAACAAACUUAAUUACAAGAACAGGGAAACUGAACUUGCCACCAAAUUUUAAUGCAAACUAUGUAUUGAGAGCAAAACACCAAAACAUG